AUGGGAGCGGGCAUCAAGGGCCCGCGGGGCCACAGGGCUGCCAGGACACUGCCAGCCCCAGGACGACGGGAAGCAGCAGGAGCUGGGGCAGCACGCGGGCUGGGGGCGUUGGAUGGGCACUGCGGCUCCCCGAAGGACACGUCUGGGGACGGCACCAUCCUGCCCCCGGCUCUAAGGAUGCACAGGCUGCUCCUGCUCGGCUGCCUCUGGCUCCUGGCAGCACCCCCAGCGUCCAGCAUCUUCCAGAGGCCGACGGGGACCCCAGCCCCAGCGCGCCUGCAGUACCUGCUGGAGCCCCUCCACCCCACGGUGCACACGAGGCGUGGUGCCACGGCCACCCUGCCCUGCGUCCUGCGCGCCCUGCCCCACAACUACCGUGUCAAGUGGAGCAAGGUGGAGCCGGCCAACUACCGGGAGAACAUCAUCAUCAUCACCAAUGGGCUGUACCACAAGAACUACGGGCCGCUGAGCCCGCGGGUGCACCUGCGGCACAGCCACCGCUACGACGCCUCGCUCACCAUCACCGAUGUGGCGCUGGAGGACGAGGGGCGGUACCGCUGCCAGCUCGUCAACGGGCUGGAGGAUGAGAGCAUCUCGCUCAUGCUGCACCUGGAGGGCGUCGUCUUCCCUUACCAGCCCAGCAAUGGGCGCUACAAAUUCAACUACCACGAAGCCAAGAGAGCCUGCGAGCAGCAGGACUCGCGCCUCGCCACCUACCAGCAGCUGUACAAAGCCUGGACGGAGGGUCUGGACUGGUGCAACGCCGGCUGGAUCCUUGACGGGACCGUCCACUACCCCAUCAUCAACUCGCGGGAGCCGUGUGGUGGCCGCCUCCUCCUGCCCGGUGUCCGGACCUAUGGCGCCAGGGACAAGCAGAAGGACCGAUUCGAUGCUUUCUGCUUCACCUCUGCUCUCCAAGGCCAGGUCUACUUCAUCCGGGGCCACCUGAACUUCAAGGAGGCCGGGCAGGCGUGUCGCAACCACGGGGCUGCCAUUGCCAAGGUGGGACAGCUCUACUCGGCCUGGAAGUUCUCACAGCUGGAUCGCUGUGACGGGGGGUGGCUGGCGGACGGCAGCGUCCGAUACCCCAUCACCACCCCCCGCGAGCGCUGCGGGGGGCUCCCUGACCCUGGUGUCCGCAGCUUCGGCUUCCCCAGCAAGGAGAUGAGGACCUACGGUGCCUACUGCUUCGUAGGGAAGUAA